GGGAGACGCGUCUCACCGGGGUAGCCCGGCCAGUGAGCAACCGCGUGCCAGGGCAGAGGUCGCCGCUGCGGCUCGACGGCGUGGGUGAGCAGCACCCCACCGCGCAGCUUGACCGGGAGGCGUACCCGCACGUGGAGGGAGGCGCCUGCGCACCCCAGUGCAUCCUGGUGACCCUGGAGGAGACCGGGAAGCACCUGGGCGCUGGUUGGCGGAGUGUGGGCCCGUGGUCAGUGCCGAUCUGCACGCCGGCCUGGUCCUCGAGUCUCCACGGCCAGGCCGACCACCACCUGGAGAUGGCUGAGGGUGCAGGUGGCGCCGGCCUCGCCAGGGAAGACGCGGCGGCGAUUGACCGCUGGGGGCUCCUGGUCGAGGCUGCUGCGUUGGCGGUGGUGGUGCCUUUCGACGAUAUGCAGGAGGAGCGUGACGGCAACCCGGACGGCUCCGAACGCCUGGGGAGUUCAAGGUGA